AUGCCGGCGAAACGAGUUCGUAGCUUGGUGCGGCGAAUGGCAAAACUCACUGAUGAUGCCGACUACGAUGCCGGCGAAACGUGCGUUCGUAGCUUGGUGCGGAGAAUGGCAAAACUCACUGAUGAUGCCGACUACGAUGCCGGCGAAACGUUUGGGAAUGUAUUAAGUCCACUGUCUGAUGCUGGGAAUCAUGACAACUACUAUGACAGAUGA